UUUCUGUGGUUAUACUUACUUCUCAUCCCACAGCAUGAGAUUCUCGGCUCUCCUCUUCCUGGCAGCUCUGGCUGGAGCCUUGGUCUAUGCCACUGAACCUGAAGGGACUACAUCUGCUGCAAAACCUGCUUCACCCCAAGAGCCAGCCCAGGAGCCACAUGGUGCCACCCCAAGUCCAGAAGAGCUAAACCCACUGAGACAUGGCUUAGAAAGAGCAAAAAAAGCAAUGCAUAAAAGACUUCAGUUUAGAGGACGUCUUUAUGAGGAUGUAGCUGAAUGGGACAAAAAUCUGAAAAACUUGGCUGCAAAACUCAAUGUAGUUGCAGUCUGAGAAGCUGAAAAGAAUGGGGUCCCU